AUUUUUCAGCACCUCAUGGCGGCGGCCGCGGCGGGGGCGCCCUUCGGCACGACGGUGUCGUUCCCCGUCUACCACCCAGGCGUCGCCGCGGCGUACUACGCGCACGCGUCCAUGGCCGCGGGCGUCCCUUACCCGACGAGCGAAGCUGUCCCCGCGGUGGUGCUGGCGGCUCCUCUACCGGAAGGGAAAGACAAGGGGAAGGGUGGGGGCGCGUCGCCUGAGAAGGGCAGCUCUGGGGCGCCCUCCGGCGAGGACGCCUCCAGGAUACGUUGCAAAAGAGUAAAAACCACAUUUGUGCUGACUGUGGCACGCCUGACCUAAAUGGGCCUGAGUGUUUGCGUGAG